AUGUCCGCAAAUCCUGUACUUGAUGAAAUUCGAGCGAAUCGUCUCCGACCGACAAAAAGCGACAAAUCGAAGUCGACAUUGUUGAGGAAAGAUUCAAAAGAAGGAAAUGGAGAGACGACAACGAAAAAGAAGGGAUCGGUGAAGAAGAAGAAAAAGAGUGCGCAGAAUGGGACGGACGAGAACGCAGCUCCAGCCCCUCCCCCACCGCCUCCACCGGCUGCCUGUCCUCCUCCACCGCCAUCCCUCCUCGCUCCACCACAAAAUGGACUCAAGAGAGCCACCUCAAACCCGACCCUCGGCAAGCUGGGCGGAAAAUCUCCCGCUCAAGUCAAUUUGGACGAGUUUCUGCAAUCAGUUAGAGGUGGAGUGAAAUUGCGGAAAACUGUUACCAACGACAAAUCUGGGUUGAUUGUUGACGAUUCGAUGGUAGAGGGCGGGCUGUUCAAGAAAGAGGAACAACCGUCCACCUCUUCAGGUGGCCCUCCUCCACCCCCGCCACCGCCACCGGUUCCCUCGCUAGGCUCUACACCCAGUGGAUCAACGGUGAAACGGGAGCCCAAAGAGGUCAACAACCCGGCCUUGAAGAAGCUAGGUGGAAAAGCGGCGAACGACGUCGACUUGGGCGCCUUUUUGAACUCUAUAAAAGGUGGAAUCAAGCUACGGAAAACGGAAACCGCCGACAAAUCGGGUCUAAUCGUCGACGAUUCAAUGCUACAAGGAGGACUGUUUCAGAAGAAAGAGGGCGCGACUCCGGAAUUUACACUACCGGAUUUCCCGCCCACAUCAAUCGCCGGCCCACCUCCUCCACCCCCACCCGGCCCACCGCCACCACCACCACCGAUGGGCGAUGCACCGCCCCUUCCCCCUCCAACAGCCAUCUCAACUCCACGGGUAAAGAAAGAAGUUGUGAAUCCGAAGCUGAAGAAAUUGGGUGGUAAAACGGCGGCUGAUUUGGAUAUGAAUCAACUGCUGAAUAAUAUUAAAGGUGGGAUCAAAUUGAAAAAAGUGGAGACGAAAGAUCGAUCGGGUUUAAUCGUUGAUGCGACGAUGACAUCCGGGACUCCGUUGGUGAGAAUCGACAAUGAAAAGUUGGCCGCAGCCAAGCCGAAGUUACCCGAUCCUGAAGAGGAAAUUACGGAAGAAGAAGCUGCCGCGCUCCUUGCCGAACUCGACGAGGAACCGAAGCCGAAAGCGAAGAAAGCUGAGCCGAAAAAGAUAGAACCGCCACCUGAGCCGAAAAAGCCCGAUUUCGCGUUUGAUGAGAAGAAUCUGCACGUGACUGCUGAUGAUAUUGCAAAGGAAGUGAAAAAGGGAAUCGCUGGCGGAAUGAAAGCCUUAUGGAAUCAACAAAUGCAACAACCACAAGUGCAACAGUUGCAAACGAAAAUGUUACCGUUGAAGGACCGAUUGCCCGUACAGCGCAAAUUCACCUUGGCUCAAGAGGAGUCUGAAGAGGAUGAAGAAGAGGAAGAAGAGCCGGUUGUCGUGAAGAAAGUCGAGGUGCCGAAAGCUGCAGUGAAAAAGGCUGAACCAAAGAGCAACGAUGCUGUAAAAGAGAUCAAACGAUUGCGGAAUGCAAAGCUGAAGAAAAAGGAACAAUCAAUAGAAAUGCCUGAUUUAUCCGAAGCUGAAGCUGCAGCAUUAUUAGAAGAAUUGGAAGCAGAUGAAGAAGAGAGGAAAAAGGAAAAGAAAGAGAAAAAAGAAAAGAAAGAGAAGGGACAGAAGCUAAUGGCACCCGAGAGACAGAUUCGGGCACACAGUACACCACCGGCACCGCAACAAGACGACGAAAAAGUGGGCUUUGACGAGAAGAGUCUGAUUGUGACAAAGGAGGAUAUUGAAAAGGAGAUCCCAAUCGGUGCAGCUAGAGGCAUGCGUGCGCUAUUCGAUCAAAAUGGAGCCUCUCCCUUCCUCAACAAUCAAGCCUCUGCGCCUGUGCCCAAGAUCAAAUUGCAAUCGACUUUCCUCAAACAGGAAGACGAGCCACCAAAAGAGAAAGAGGUGAAAAAAUCGUUGACGCCGGUUGAGCGAAAGAAAAAUCCGCUGAAGAAACAGGAUUCCGAUUUUGAGAUGCCUGAGCUAUCGGAAAUGGAAGCGGCAAGAUUGUUAGCCGAUUUGGAGAACGAUUCCGAUGAUGAGGACAAAUCGACAGCCGACGCGUGUUACGAUGAGAAGAGUCUGCACAUAUCGAGAGCCGAUUUGGAAAAGGAGAUCCCACAGGGAAAAGCGGCCAACAUCCGAGCGAUGUUCAAUCAAGGACAACAAAGAGCGGCAAGUGCACAACCCGAAUUCACAUCGACGAAACAACCAAAGAGGAUUUUGAGAGACACAUUUGUUAGGCAAGACUCCGGCUCGGAAAUUCCCCUAGAGAGUGAGGCUGAUUUUGUGGGAGAUUUGGGAAAAAUUACAAAAGAGGUUAUCGAAUCUGAGGUGCCACGGGGAACAGCCGCUUCACGGAUCUCGAUGUGGGCCGAGAAAGAAUCCAAAGAUCCACCCAAAGAUACAUUGCCGAUUCGCACCACUGUUGCCCCCGUGAAAACCCCGGAGAUUCAAACGAAUGGGAAAAUCGAGAUGAACAACAAUACAACGCCAAUUUCUGGACUGAUUCCAUCGUCGAACGCCUCGAAAUGGGCUCCAGUGCAAACGUCGGGUUUGGCUCGGCAGAAACAACUUGGUGACUCACAACGAGCCUCCUCGGUUCUCCGGGACACCACUCCGCAGCCGGAAAUUUCCAAAAAACCCGAUGAGCCAAAGGAGAAAAAGGCUGAAAAGGUGGAGAAAGUCGAGGAGAAAUCGGCAAGGAAGAAGUCGCUUAAAAAGAAAAAAUCCGAUGCUACGCCGGCGCCAGUGAGUUUCGCUGUUGAGCCGAAAAAGGACAUUGUUGUAAAGGCAAAGAAAGAAGUUGAACUAAAGAAAAUUGACGAAAAGCCGAAAAUCGAGGUGAAAAACGAGACGAUACCGAAAGUAUUGUCGGCGAAAGCGGAAGCGGCUAGGAAAAAGUUCGAACCGUCGCCCACCAGCGUUCCGAUGAUGUCAUUCGCUGUGGAACCGAAGAAACUCGUCGACAAGAAAAGCGAUACCGAGUCACUAAGAGACGUCUCGGACAGUGGAAAAAAGAAAAUGGAGGGAAUGACAAAGAAAAAUAGUAAAGAUGGGAAAAUCCGGAGACAAGACUCAAAAAGAGGAUCAACGAAGAAGAAGGAGAAACCGACAGCCAAAGUUGCGCCAGCUGUCUCUUCAACAACAACAACAGCGAAAGUCGAAGAAACGAAACCAAUCGUGAAUCCUGUCAGCGACAAGCCAAAAGACACCUCAACAAAGCCAACUGUCUCCACGUCAACGUCGAUCAAAUCAGAUGGAGUACUCAAACCGACGCCUAGACCAUUUUUCAUGAACAAGAGACAAGAUUCGAAAGAGAAAACUGAGAAUCCGGCUUUGGCGAAGAGUGAGGCAACACCGAAAACAACGCUGACGAUAAAAUCGUAUCCUCAAAAUCCACCAAUUUUCAAUUCUGUUUUCCGCUUUAAAACAAACGCAACUUUAAGCGAACUCGUCACAACUAAGCACACAAAAUUCCCCUUUGCUUUUCACCUUUUCAUUUUUCGGGGAGAUUUCAAAUUCUUCGCCACCUUUCGCAUUUCCGCUCUCUUG